CGGAGCACAGAAAUCGUCUACAAAUACUGCAAUCCAAUUCCUCGCCAACUCAUCGACACCUAUGUCUUCUCUUCAAUCUUAGCCCUAGUCUUCAGUUCUUGCUCUAUGCUAAAAAUCCCUCCUUCUUUCUGUGGUAUCCAUUUCUCUCAAUUUUAUAUUUAAUAUGUUUAAUCAAAGAUCUUUAUUCAAAAAAUCAACCUGGAAAUCCUAAUUUGCUUAAAUUUUCGCAUUUACGGUGGAUUAUUGUUAGAUCCCCCAAAUUGUUAGCUCUUAGCAUUGAUGCAUAUGCUUUAAUUUCUGGGGUUUGUUAGAUAUGGGUUGGGGCAAGAACCAACCAUGAAUCUAUAGCGUUUGGGGAGUUUUUUUUUUUUUUAUUUGUGCACAUUGAUCUUUGGUGUACAGAAUGGUAUGUAAGGGUCAUGUGUGCAAAUUUGUAGGUUCUGUUUUUGGGUAUUUUUAGGUUGAUUUCUUUGAAUUUUAGGGUUGAAUUUGAUUAGAGAAGAUGUCAUCGGCCGGUGUUGUUGCAAUUAAUCCGAUUCGCGAUGAGUCUGUGCUGCUUUCACCACUUGUAAAUAGCCUGGAAUUAAGCGAGUCCAUUUUGAUAUACGUCGCUAUAUCGGGUUCGAUGGUUCCGAUGAGGGUUUUGGAGUCCGAUUCGAUUGAAUCGGUGAAGCUUCGGAUUCAAAACUUUAAGGGGUUUGUUGUGAAAAAACAAAAAUUGGUUUGUGGUGGCCGAGAAUUGGCGCGGAGCAACUCCCUUGUUCGGGACUAUGGGGUCACGGAUGGGAAUGUUCUGCAUUUGGUUCUCCGCUUAUCGGAUCUCCAAGCCAUAAACGUAAGGACUUAUUGUGGGAAAGAGUUUACCUUUCAUGUUGAAAGGAAUAGGGAUGUUGGGUAUGUAAAACGUCAGAUUGCUAAGAAAAAGAAAGGUUUGGUUGAUAUUGAUGAUCAAGAGGUAUUGUGUAAUGGUGAGCGACUGGAGGAUCAAAGGCUUAUCAAUGACAUCUGUAAGAACAAUGAUGCAGUGAUUCAUUUGUUUGUGCGGAAGUCUGCAAAAAUUAGAGCUAGGCCUGUAGAAAAAAAUUUCGAAUUGUCUAUUGUGGCAUCACCAUUGAAUGAUGUGAGAGAGAAUGAUGUGGAUAAAGAAAGUGGUUGUGGUAUUGAAAGGGAGAACAGGCUUGUUAUUCCAAGGAAGCCUCCAGAUAGAGUUAUUUGGCUGGAACCAGUGAUCACAAACUCAAAAAUUGAAUUGCCAUCAGUGAUUCGUGAUUUGAUUGACUCUACAUUCAAAGGGUUAGAUAGAGGGAGCUAUCCAAUAAGGUCAUCGGAGGGUAGUGGAGGUGCAUACUUUAUGCUCGAUGCAUCAGGGGGUAAAUAUGUCUCGGUGUUUAAGCCAAUUGAUGAGGAGCCUAAAGCUCUGAACAACCCUCAAGGGCUGCCCUUGGCAGAGGAUGGUGAAGGGUUGAAAAAAGGUACGAGAGUUGGAGAGGGUGCUAUUAGGGAAGUUGCUGCCUACAUUCUGGAUCAUCCGAAGAGCAGGCACCGGUCAUUCACUCGUGAGGAAAAUGGCUUUUCUGGGGUUCCCCCCACUGUACUGGUCAAGUGCCUGCACGGAGGAUUUAAUCAUCCAGAGAGCAUAACUCUUAAGGUUGGGUCCUUGCAGAUGUUCAUGGAGAACUAUGGAAGUUGUGAGGAUAUGGGUCCUGGUUCUUUUCCUGUGGAGGAGGUACACAAAAUCUCUGUGUUGGAUAUAAGGAUGGCAAAUGCAGAUAGGCAUGCAGGGAAUAUAUUGAUAAGCAAAGGCGAAGAUGGCCAGCCUGUGUUGAUUCCGAUUGAUCAUGGUUACUGCUUGCCUGAGACUUUUGAAGAUUGCACCUUUGACUGGCUCUACUGGCCACAAGCACGGCAGCCUUACAGCCCUGAAACCAUCAGAUACAUAAAAUCACUCGAUGCGGAGGAAGACAUUGCCAUACUGAAGUUCUAUGGGUGGAACCUACCUCUUGAAUGUGCACGCACACUUCGCAUCUCCACCAUGCUUUUGAAGAAAGGCGUAGAAAGGGGGCUCACCCCCUUCACCAUAGGAAGCAUCAUGUGCAGAGAAACUGUGACAAAGGAAUCGGUAAUUGAGGAGAUUAUCCAGGAAGCGCUUGAUUAUGUGCUCCCUGGAAUGAGUGAAGCUGCCUUCCUAGAAUCGGUCUCCCAGGUCAUGGAUCAUUUCCUUGAUGCAAUUGCUUUGCGAAGGUCACUGCAUAAUAUUGGUACAUAGGUGUGUAUAUGUACAUAUGUUCUCGUGCAUAUGUAUAGGAUAGGGAUGCGGAUGCAGAUAUCUGUUUGUCAACAGGGUUCAAUUUCAAGAAGAACUUGCUUUUGAUUUCUAUGUUAUUUUCAAUUCAUUUGUCAAAUUAUGAAUUCCUGUUUUGGAUAUUCUUUUAUAUAUGUGUUAAGACUUAAUAUUUACCAUAUACGCCUUACAUGUUGAUACAAUUUAAGGAUUGUAGUGGAGGAAAAGUGGUUUGAGUUACUGUUUUUGGGAGUUUGCUAGUCAGUUGUUUUAAGCUAUACGAAAGUAUUCUGACUGCAAUUUGUUGUAAACGAAUAAUAUGCUUUGUAUGCUCGUGAAGUUGUCAAUGAUUUAAUAUUCCGCCAUGU